GGGAACAAACAUCUAAACUUUAAAUAAUUUUCUCUUCCUCCGACUCUUCUUCAUCUCAUCUUCUUGCGCACCGCCCGUACUCUAAACUACGGGAAAAGAAGGAUAAAUAAUGGCCGAAGAAGAACUGAAAAGUGCGUCUGUUGAUGCGAGUGCAACGUCAGAGGUGACAGCUGCUCCUGCCCCAUCAGACGAGCAGACCGCAGCUUCAGAGUCGAAGAACGAGGGUAAGAGGGAAGAACCGCCGGAGGGAAUGUCGCGAAAUGCGUGGAAGCGGGAACUUAAGAAGCAGAAAUGGCUGAGUGAGAAGGACGAAAGGCAUCGAUACAAGAAGCAGCUUCAGAAGCAGAAGAAAGCGCAGCGAAGGGAAGAGCGACGGGCGCAGCUAGAACAGCAGGAGCAGACUGGCGGGGAUGCAGAACUCGCUGCUGCGACGGAAGAGAAGGAGGAGGAGGACGAGAAAGCGAUAAUUGCGCGUGAGCGAAAACAGCUCGACGAAAAACGCAAGGCGAAGCGCGACGACGCCGAGCUUGCGCCGAUCACGAUCGUGCUCGACUGCGGCUUCGACCAGCUGAUGACCGAGAAGGAGCAGAUGUCGCUCUCGCUCCAGGUCGUCAGAUGUUACUCUGAGAACCGCCGGGCGAUGCGGCCGUGCUCGCUCAAAGUGACUUCGUUUGGGGGAUCGCUUUUGGAGCGGUUUGAGGGGCCUAAUAAGGGACAGUAUAAGAGUUGGAAGAAUAUCACGUUUGAGAACGGAGAUUAUAAAGUGCCGGAGGAUGAGGAGGAGCGGAGUAGGAUGGUAUACUUGUCGUCGGACUCUGAUGAGACUUUGACUGAGCUGGAGGAUAACAUGACAUAUAUCAUUGGUGGAAUCGUCGACAAGGGACGACACAAGAACCUCUGCCAAAACAAAGCCUCAGCCCAACACCUACGAACCGCAAAACUCCCCAUCACAGAAUUCUUCCAGAUCUCAGGCCGCCAUGUGCUGACCACGAACCACGUCGUCGAGAUCAUGCUGAAAUGGCUUGAGCUGCGGGACUGGAAACUCGCGUUUGAAGCAAUCAUCCCGCCGCGGAAGAAGCCCGGGUUCGAGAGCGCAAAGCAGCGACAGAAACGGAAGAGGAGCAGCGGGGGGACGGAUGCUGAUGGAGCUACGGGCUAUCAGACUGAUGAUACGAGUACACCUGCUGCGGAAGAAGCGGUAGCUGAUUCCGCCGCUGUAGAUGAAAAAUAAUCGAUGUAGUUAUUGUAUUGCAUUAUAACGCCCCAUUUAAUGUACAACUAUCCCAU